GAGCAUGUGUGUCUUAUUCCGUGCAGCAGCACAGUUCAACACAAGCAGUUUUCCCGAAUUCGUGUUUUUGAGUUAAUUCAUGUUGUGCUGUUUUUGUUUUUUUCUCAAUUCAUUUCAUUCUCAAUCUCACUGUUUCUCACACUGUGUCGAUGUGCAUAUAAAGGCUGGAAAAUCACGCAUAACACUUCAGUUCGUAAAUCGCGGCCUUGGAUACCGAAAGCGUCCUCCUCUUUAAAAUUUAAUACAAACACAAAAAAGAAAUAAAAACAUAACAGAACAAAGCGAGAAAAAAACGCACCGAAUAAAGUUGUCGAUUAUAGUGUUAUUACUUGUCACAAGCACAUAAAAAUGGUUUAAAGCUUAAUCGCUUCGCACUUCGAACUUACAUAUAUAUUAAAUUUCAAGUUAUACCUUAUUCAUAUUGAAUGAAAAAUUAAAUGAGAAGCUGUGCUUUUCAAAUCAAUUGAAAACGGAGUUGAGGUGGAUGGUGAAAGACAACGCGGAGAACGCCAGAGUGAGAGAGACAAAGUGGGUAAAGUUUAGGCGCAUUCAUCUGGAUCUGGAUUUUAUCGGGCAAUUGAGCGCGGCGAAAAACGGUCGAACACUACGGGAACUGUAUUCAGUAUAAUAAAAAUAAUCGCCAUUCGAAUCAUCCAGUUGGCCAAGAGCAAGCGAGCGAGCGAGUUCAUCACAUUGAAGCGGAGGAGAUUGUAGAAAGAUGCCAUCACGGUUGAUACAAGGCUUGGAUAAUCUCGAUACAUGCAGUCAAUUUUCCGAUUCGGCCACAUUACACACACUGACUCGUAUGGGAGCACUGCAGAAGGAGGUCUAUUUCAGUCGUUCCGAAUCGAAUUUCAAUAAUUUUGACACAAUCAGCUACGGAAAUAGUUCAACGUGCUGCUGUGAUGCUGAAAUUAAGAUGGAUUUGCAAUUUCGAAAUUCAAUUUAUCAGUGCAAUCCACGAUGCAGCAUCGAGAAGAGAAACACAAAAACUCACUCAACUGCCGCCACAGCAGCAGCAGCAACAACAACAACAACAACAACUACAGCGGCAACGUUUGUAGCAACAACAUCCAGACCAUCUAGAGCAACCGACUACACGGCAUCGUUGCUCGAUAAAUUUGAACGGGAUCGCGGCGACAAGCACGAACUGCAUCGAAAUAAUUAUUUAAAUGAAACGUCUAAUUAUCGCAUUCAAACGAACCCUUUUCGCACCGUCGACACAUACAAGUACUCAACCAUACGAAAAUCACAAAAGAGACAAAAAAAGGCCAACAAAACACGGGCUGACGCAGAGUUAGACAUUGAAUCGAUACCGUUGCCACCGUCAGUGAUGAACCGAAGAUCGGCAUCGUUUCGUCACAGCUACAAUGAUUCAGUAACGGUGACGGGUACACGGUAUAAGAGUCGACCGGCACUGUCAGGCAUGCUGAAUAAACAACAAGCAGCCUCAACCACAAGAUUACAAACCAACCGACAUGGUGAUGCAAAUCGAUUUAAAUUGGUUGACAUUUUGAAUAACCAAAAAAAUAAAAUCACUUCAAUUGAUAUGCAGCAAUACCCGGCAUUGAAUCAAUUGAAUGCAACGCUAAAACGAAUCUGUCGAAGUAAUGCAACGCAAUCGUCGUUGGAUCGUUUGAAAGACCGGUCGAUCGACCACACCAACCGUAUGCCAUUCGAAUCAUUUUCAAUUGAUGCAGAGACUUAUCAUGAGCUUGUGGCAAAAAACCAGCCAAUUCCGAUGGAUGUGAACGAAUUACGUGAGGCAGUCGUGCGACCAUCAAUGAGCAAUCUUACAAACAGUACAUUUGCCGACAUUCAAAGUGUACAUGCUAGCACGUGCAAUUUAGUGACGGCUCUUCGGGCCUCAAGCCAAUCGAUUGUGGCUGAAAAUGGCGGCGGAGGCGGUGUUAACGAUGAAAUGGCCCGAUUUGGCCGGCAUUGCAAUAGCAAUUCGGCAAUGAAUCUACGAUACGAUUCGUUGCGUUCACAUAAAGCUCGGAGCAAGCGAAGCAACAGCGAACAAUUGAAUUCAUCAUAUUAUCAUUUUCAAAAUAUCGACGGUGAAAUGGACAAUAAUAGCAGCACAUUUGAUUCCGUAUUGUUACCGGCCCACUCGAGUGAAAACUAUAAAUUACCUUGGAAACACCGUCAAUGUCCGAGCAUUAGCUCUUCAAGCAGCUCAAGCAGCUCCAACAUGUCGAAAUGGGAAUUUUCGAAGCACUGGGUUGCUGUAACAUCAAUAUUGCUCAUACUUGGCGCAGCAGGUGUUGCAGUUCCACUCGCUUUACGUGUAUCAAGUGGAGACUCGUUUGACGAAAGACUUCAAGCUGCUUACACACUGUUGAAGAGCGUGCCGUUGAUUGACGCGCAUAACGAUUUGCCUUACAAUAUUCGAAAAUUCGUGCACAAUCAAUUGGCCGAAUUUAAUUUUGAUGCCGAUUUGAAGAAUGUACCGCCUUGGUCGAAUUCAAACUGGAGUCACACCGAUUUGCAACGAAUGAAAAAAGGUCAAGUUGCAGCCCAGUUCUGGGCGGCUUAUGUACCAUGCGAAGCGCAAUACAAAGAUGCAGUUCAGCUUACAUUGGAGCAAAUCGACGUAAUCAUACGACUCACGGAUAAAUAUUCGAAGGACUUGAUUCUAUGCACUUCAGCGGAAGAUAUCCGGAAUGCGUACAAAGACAAUAAAAUAUGUUCAUUAAUUGGAGUUGAGGGUGGUCAUAGUAUUAGUGGAUCCCUGGCAGUUUUGCGAAUGUUCUACAUGCUUGGCGUACGUUAUUUGACGUUGACUUCAACAUGUCACACGCCGUGGGCUGAUUCUAGUUUUGCCGAUGCACCAAAAUUUGAUGUCAAACACAAUGGCUUAACGGACUUUGGAAAACGUGUUAUAAAAGAGAUGAAUCGCCUCGGAAUGAUAGUGGAUCUAUCGCAUGUAUCCAUGGCUACGAUGCGGGACGCCAUCACUGUUUCAGAAGCACCUGUGAUAUUUUCUCAUUCAUCUGCUUAUGAAUUGUGCAAUUCAAGCCGGAAUGUUCAGGACUCGGUGCUCAAGUCACUGGUUAAAAAUCGCGGAAUAAUUAUGCUCAACUUUUAUUCAGUGUUUUUGAGUUGCGGUCAAAAUGCAACCAUUUAUAAUGCCGUAGCUCAUCUGAAUCACAUUAAACGAGUUAUUGGAGCAGACCAUAUUGGCAUCGGAGCAGGAUAUGACGGUAUAAACUACACACCGAGUAACUUGGAAGAUGUUUCAAAGUACCCGAUUUUAUUUGCCGAAUUGAUUGGUUUCGGUUGGACGGUUGAAGAGUUGACAAAACUAGCCGGUGGCAAUUUAUUGCGCGUUAUGAAAGAAGUCGAAUCAAUUCGUGAUCGAAUGCACAAGGAGAAGAUACCACCAAACGAAGACAUUUAUGCGAAUCGUCUUGAGAAUCCACACAAGUGUCAAAGUAACUAAACGAAAAAUGAUUGAAGUUUUACGCGAAUGUCUCAACUCAAAAACUGAAUAGAUUUUCACAUGCAUUAAGUUUAAUCUAUAGAGUUAAUAUCAUGACUGUUAGUAAAAAAAAAUGGCCAUUUAAGCGGCGCCACAGGCCACACCUGAUCAAUUUGUUUCCCUUGACUAUAUAAUCCAUUUGGAUGAUCGAACGAUCGGAUGAAAUUAGUAGUAAAAUCUUAAGACAUAAUAAGCCUAUGAGAAUGAUAUGUAAAUUGCCUUAACGAGAGAAAAAAGAAAUUACCAUGCACAAGUUGUUAAAACAAUUAUUGCCAAAAGGAACAGCACAUUUUUGGAAGCAUUUUCAACGAAAAACCCCGUUGAACAUUUCAAUAUGAACAUGUAAACUCAUUUCCCUGGGAAAUAGACAACCGUAGGAACAUUGCCAUUCCUCAUUUAUUAUAGAUAUUACAUGCAUACAUAUAUAUUUUAUAUUUCAAAUCAGGCAGUUGUUGUGACGUUUCUGUCAAUGAUGCUGGCUUUUAUUUGAUUUUCUACAUCAAUUUGCUUUUAAAAGCCAAUGUAUUAGAUAUCUCCUAGUAAGUCCCAAAGUGAAAAUUAGGUAAAAAUUAUUUCUCAAAGAAAUAUAUAGAAUAUUUAAAAAAAAUAAAGGAAACGAAAAAACAUCAUUUGCGCAAUUAUCGCAUUUAAUCAACGGAGCAAUGGAAGAACAGCACUUAGCAUGAAAUUGGGCUAACUUCAAAGAAGUUACAACAAGCAACACAUGAGCUCCUAAAUUGAUUUCAAAUUACGCAUCAUUAAAUUUAAAUUCAACAUUUUCGUUGUUUGAAGUCUUGAACUCGGCGCUCAUACCUUUGUGACGUCCUUCCAAUCGAUAGCAGUAGAAAAUUCAUUACUGACAAUUUCACCAACUGGAAAAUGUAACAAGAGAGACCUUGAAUCGCAGAGAAAUGUUAUCGUUUUCCAAAUUCACAAUAUCUAUGUGAAAAAAAAAAUUCGAAGUGAUCAAAAUGUCAAGAUAAAAUUACGAAUCAACGAUUCGAUGCUAUGGCAAGAGUUGUAAUAUCAUUAUCAAUUCACUUCACACUCAUUAACUUUUUGCCACUCUGUGAAUAAUGAACAUAAAUGCCAUUUCUCGAUAAAACAUUUCAUUUUCUGAAAUAUUCAUCACUUUUUUGGUGCUGCUGCUGCUGCUGUUGUUGUAAAAGCAAAAUAUUCACCUUCGACCAUAGCAGAACAUCGAUCUCUCUACUCCUUUUUUCCCUGCUAUUGCUCAAACGUUUCAUAUUCUUAUUGGUGUCGAGCAAUAAAAUCGACUCGGAAAGGAAGUUGAUAUCCAUUAUUAUCGCAAAAAAAAAAUGUAAUCAUGAAAUGAGUUCCUGACAAAUCCACUCAUCGAGAGCGCAAAUGAAUAAAUGAUAUCAAAGCGAGAACCGGGAGAACACAUCAACAGAUCAAACGAUGUGAGUGUGUGUGUGUUGCUGAUGAUAUUUUCAUUAUACAUUUUUUAUGAUACAAAAUAAAAAUGAAAGCAAAAAAAAAAACGAAUAAUAACGAUACGUAUUGAAUUCAAACAACAUAUUGCUGUUUGUUGCUGCUGCUGCUGCUGCUGUUUUUUCAUCUCUGGUGCAAAAUUUAUAUUAAAUUGCUUUCCCAUGCGCGAUAUAUAGCAGUUCUCUGAUGUCUUCGAAGCUUUGAAUGAGAGCUAUACCCCAGAUAUAUAGAUUCUAUACUAUAAAUAACUGAUAAUGCAUUCAAUUGUUAUUUUGAAACUCAAUAUGGGAUUCGGAAACACCUGAAAAAUUAAAUUAUCAUCGAAAAAUCAUACAUGAUUCUCUGCAUGUAGAGAGAAAUAAGUAAAAAACGGGAGAAUAAAUGAGUCACUUUUCUCAUUGCAAUUGAGUGAGAGGGAGAGAGAGAGAGAGAGAGGAGUUAAAUAAAUAAUAAUCGUAGAUUAAAACAAUUUUUUGUUGGGAAAAUUACAUGAACACAAUGGGACAUGUUUUUUUUUGCUAGAAUAUUUACCGUUUAAGAGAGUAGUGAGAAAAUUUCUUGCUUUUUCGCGGAAUGACGACACAUUUGAGGUUGAUAUUAUAGUAAGAAAUUUCAUAUACAAACGAACACACUCGACACUACAGAGCUAAAAUGAAUCCUCCUCCUGCUCCGCUCAUCUAGUUAAUAAACCUUUUAUCAAUGUAAUACAAAUCAAAUUUAAUGUUACAUCAUUCGACAAGUUCUUUGCUAAGUAGGUAUAAUUGAUGGCGUUCACACUGCCGCCGCAGACGAGGUCGACGACGACGACGACACAAUCCUUCAUAAGGUGUAUGUGUGUGAGUAAGAGUGUUAAUUUUAUCGAUUUUGAUUCAUUGCUAAUGCAUAGCUAUAGUACAGGCUAUGCUAUUAAUAUCACUCAUCUCUAUGAUAUGAGUUAAGCAACUGAUUGCAGCAUAGUAGUCGCGCUGGAUUUAAGUUAUGGGAUUUGCUUGUGCAAAAUUUGUAUACCGAACAGAUUAACGAUGAUUGUUGACUAAAUCGAAAUCAAUAAGACUGAUGAUAAAUCUCUUCGUUUUCUGCUUUUCCGCGUGCCAGCGGCCACGUCUUGUGCGUUAAAGUAACUUUAGUUGAAUUCAGCUACAAAGAAUUGAUUUGAAUUCAGCUACAAAGAAUUGACUCUUGUUUUGUUGUUCCAAAUGAAAAAACAAAUCAAAUGUUCAAAUUUUCCGAUUCAGUUACAUCAAACUCGAGAUCCAGAGCUUAUGAAACACUUUCAUUAGGUAAAAUCGAAAGAAAAUUAGCGAAAAAAAAUCAAAUGCCAUGUUCAGCCACCCUGCAAGGAAAUUAUCACUUUGAAUUCCGGCUUUGAAAUUUGUUAUAAACUAUAUUUAGAGUGUAUUUUGAAGUUAUACCCUCCCCCUCCAUUAAUCUCUGUUGACAUUGGUAAAUUAGAAAUUGUAUGUUCAAUUGGAUAUCCACUUUGUUGAAGCAAAGUGAAAAAUGUAUGCAGAUAUUAUGCGAUGUGUGUGUUCAUCAUUGAUAGACUCUAUCAAUCAUGUAGCGCAAUUUGUGUGUCACGUUCAAUGAACGUGUGUUGACACAUACAUACUGUGUAGCACACGGUGUGCUGUGCACACAAUGUUAAAGUAUAUAGAAAUUAUAUUGGCAUCGUUGCGCAUGAAAUCGAUUCCAAAUUUUGAAAAAAAAAUGUAAUAAAAAAACCCUUCAUUUUAAGGAAAACUCUUCAAUUUUGAUGCCAAAUUUAGUGAAAAUUGUAUUGAGUGGUAAAAUUGUUGUUAGAAUCAAUUUUUAAGAGACAAGAGAAAAGAAAAAGAAAAAGAAAAACACGGGACGUUGCCGUUUGUUUCAUUCUCAUUAGAAGAAGUUAGAACUUUUCACACUUGAAACAACCGAAAGUGUUGUGUCCUUGAAACUUAAGCUUUAAUUCAGAAGACAUGUUUUUUGGUAUAUCACAGAGUAAAUCAUAUACACUAAAACAAAUAUAAACACACUUCAUCGAGCAUUGAAAUCAUGUACAAUCAACGAUGCUCACAAUUAAAUGGUAAAAUCAAGUCAGUCAUUAGUAGAAAGACGGCGUGUUUUUUUUCUAUUAAGUUUUCUAAUAAUAGUGCGAUAGAACAAAAAAGAGACAACAAAGUCAUUCAGAAUAAAAUAUUUUGAUUAAAACACAAAUGAGAGAGCUGUUAAAACUAAUGCAUUUAUAACAAUUUCUUCCGAUAUUUCGCAAAUCAAUCACUAUAUAUUCACAAAACUCUGCAUUUCCACCAUAAAAUAAAAUUUAAACGUAGAUAUGAGAAUAUACAAAUACCAAAACCAUAUUGGUUUUCAGCUAAAGCAUUCAGCGCAGAAUAGAUUUACAAAGAGUAAUGGUCUCAAUUAGCAUGGCAUACACACACACACGAACCGAUAAUCAUUUAGAAUAAUGAAAUACUGACACACACACACAGUUGAACUGACAAAUGUAGAGAUUAAGAUGAACAAUUGUAAUCAUGCUUUCAAUCAAUCCGUAAUUUUUGGACUCAACAUAUUUCACACACAUAAACCCAUUAACUCAUUUGUAUUUGAAUGCUUAAGCCAUUAUUCAGAAGAGAAAAAAGAUAAAGCCCAUAAUCACAAUGCAUGUUUCAAACCAGAACGGGGAAAAGAAAUCACACAAUCAUGAAUAAAUUCACAGUAAGAGAGCGACGGAAAAAUCAUCCAUUACCUAACAUGCCUUAAAAAUCUGAUACCAUAAUUAUGAAGCCAAAAUAUUUCUUCCAUUUAUGCAUACGCACACAAUUGCAUCAGAAUUAGAAUCGGAUUUUUGAUCGCUAUACUACAUUUCCAAAGGAAACAAAUUAAACCAGAUAGAAAUUAAAUGGCAAAUGCCUGUUAUAACGGCCUCUAGUGACAAUUGAUCAGACAAGAAAAAAAUACACACAAUCACGACACACAACAGCACUCACACAAUUUACACAUUUGCUGUCAAAGUAAAGACAACGAAAUACCAGCACCAUUUAAAAUGCAGCAGUUCAAAUUGAACUAUGAAUCUACGUAGAAUUAUCGUAAUCACCACCACCCAUCCCCCUACUCCCUCACCGAAAUCAACCAACUUAAAGAUAAACUAUAUUUUCCAUAAACAUCCGGACGUUGAACAAAACAAAUGAACUUCUCAAUAAAUUCGUUAAAUUUGCAUUUAGAUCAUAAGAUGACGAUUUUUAUUUUUUGUUACAGAAAACAAAACCAAAAAAAAGGAAUGUUUUAGCAAAACGCAAACAUUAGUUGUGUAAACAUUUACUUGUGUUAUUGGUCCUUGAUUAGAACGAAAAUAAACGGUUAUUAUUGGAACAAAAUG